CAUGCCACGGUGAGAAGAUGAUAACCAGAGGUGGUAAAAAGCCAGGCCAAGAGGGAGAGCCUGAUGAAGGAGCUGGAGCUUCCUGUGACAUGGAGGCUAAUACAGCGACCAACCCUGAAGAUAAGUUGGAGGAACUGGCGGUGAUGGUGAAAUCUAUUCUGCGGUCUCAAGUGGCGAGAGACAUGAAGAUUGAUAAAGAUUUUUCCCRCCAGGAGCAAAGGUGGAAGAGCAUACAGCAUCAAUUUCAACAAAUGCAGCUUCAAGUGCAUGCUGUACUUGAAAAACCUGAGGGAUCAGGAAUACAAGCUCGACCCAUGACAUCUGAAGGAGGUGAAUCAGAAGAAUCAGAUGUUGAUGAUGUCCAGGUGGCUCAUGGUUCCAGGUCCAUAAUUGAGCCAAGAUUUCUUCCUUUAUCAACUGAUGACAACAUUGAACAUUUUCUGAUGACGUUYGAGAGGAUGGCCCAGGUGUGUCGGUGGUCUAGAGAUGAGUGGGCGGUUCGUCUUGUCCCUCUGCUGACCGGCAAGGCCCGCGCAGCCUAUGUUYUAAUGGAUAUGGCUGACUCUGAAAACUAUGACAAAGUGAAAGAGGCAAUACUGGCAAAAUAUGAAAUCACUGCUGACACGUAUCGACGCCGCUUCAGAUCCCUGAAGAUUGAAUCCGGUGAGACGCCACGUGAACUUUAUGUGCGAUUGAAAGACUUAUUUUCAAGAUGGAUUAAACCUGAUAAAUCUACUGUGCAAGAAAUAUCUGAGCAGAUAAUUCURGAGCAGUUUUUAAGAAUGGUUAAUCCAGAGUUGGAGAUCUGGAUACGUGAGCGUGACCCGAAGACGGCAAAAGAAGCAGCUGCUCUUGCAGAGGUUUUCACAUCAGCCAGGAAGGGGAGCAAGAACAUUUAUUUUGGCCGAGAGACUCACUAUGCCCAAUCAAGUAAGUCCACUGGGCGUGAACAGGGCUCUGGUCAAAGUCAGGCUAGAAAUGUUUCUAGUUCAAAGSAGUUCCCUUCCCAAAGACCCCCCAAUGUUAAAAAGUCACUUUUCAAGUCUUCAGUCCAAGAGAUUAGAUGUUACAACUGUAAUGGCUUUGCACAAAGUUCAGCUUUGCUGCUGCUUUUCCUGGUUCCUCCCAUGAAACUCASCUGA